AAACAGAAUUUGUUUAUUCAUUCUCCCAUUGCUUGUUGGCUGCCAAGUCUGGGAUUUUGACUGACGAGAUGGAAAGAUCUAGGUUGUACAAAAAUAAAGAUAAGGACGCUGAGGAACUCCGGAGGCGUCGUACUGAUCAGUCCGUUGAACUUCGCAAAGCUAAAAAGGAUGAACAGCUUCAGAAGCGGCGAAAUAUAUUGUUAACUGAACUUGACGAAACCUCACCUUUGAAGGAAAAGCAAAUUGAUACUCCCGAGCACGUUAAUUACGAUGCAGUCAUCCACGACAUGCAGUCAAAUGAUCGAAGCACUCGAUUCAAGGCAGUACAGCUUUGCAGAAAAACUUUGUCGCGUGCAAAGAAUCCUCCAAUUGACGAAUUUUAUAAGAGAGGAGCUGUCGAUAUUCUUGGUUCGUCACUAAGUUCCACUCACGAUGAUCUUGUUUUUGAGGCUGCGUGGGCUCUAACAAACAUUGCUUCGGGUGAUAGCUCACAUACGGCAGCAGUAGUCUCAUCCGGGACGGUCCCAAAGCUGAUACGGCUGUUGAAUCAUUCUGCUAUCAACAUAGCUGAGCAAAGUGUAUGGGCUCUAAGUAAUAUAGCCGGCGAUGGAUCUAAAUUUCGAGAUGUUGUCAUUGAGAGUGGAGUCAUAGAACCAGUCUUACGACUUCUAGAUCGAGUUUGGAAGCAACCUUCUGUGGUAUCAAAUAUUGCGUGGAUGUUAUCAAAUCUCUGUCGAAACCGAGAUCCACCUCCACCACGUGCUGUAAUUAAAAAACUCCUACCCGUUCUCAAUCGGCUUCUGCAGUAUGAAGGUAAUAAAAAUGUUGUAGUAGAUACUGCAUGGGCUCUUUCAUACGCUAGUGAUGCAGUAAAUGAGUUUAUUGAUGAUAUAAUAGAAAGUGGAUGUGUUCCGCUCCUCUUACGUUUGUUAGCAUCAUCAUCAGCAAAUCUCAUUUCUCCAGCUCUCAGAGCUAUUGGGAAUCUGGUCAUCGGUACCGAUGAACAAACGCAAGCUAUUUUGGAUGCUGGCUUGCUAACGUAUAUCCCUGCAUUAUUAAACAAUGAAAAGUCUACCGUGGUCAAAGAGGCUUGUUGGGUGGUGAGUAACAUAACCGCUGGUAGUGUAGAUCAAAUUGACAUGGUUAUAAGUAACAGCAUCGUACCUUGCAUCUUGGAGAUCCUUUAUAAGGGCGAAUUCAGAACUCAGAAAGAAGCUUGCUGGGUCAUCAGUAAUUUUAUAAGCGGCGGUACGCCGGCGCAGUGUGCAUAUUUAUUGAACCAAAAUGUUUUGAAAGCCCUAUGCAAUUUACUUACGGUUUCCGAGUCGAAGGUUGUGCUUAUGGUUUUAGAAGGAAUAAAGAAACUCUUAGAGAUUUCUGAUCAGUAUGGUCAGUUGGAACCUGCUUGUAUUGAGCUAGAGACUUGUGGAGGUUUGGAUAAGUUGGAAGAACUGCAAGAUCACAGUAAUGUUCAGGUUUAUCAAGUUGCUUAUGAUCUUAUUGAAAAGUAUUUCAAUGAUGCGGAUGAUGAGAACGAAAGCAAAGUCGUUGUCGGUGAUGGCACUGAUAAUAAUGAAGCCUUUCCUUCUAACUCAGAACAAGAAUUCCGGUUUAUUGCUCCCGAUGGUGCCUCAGGACAAGGUGGUGACUUUCAAUUUUAGUACAGAAGUUGCUAUAAACUAAUUUCAUGUCCAGAUUAUCAGAAUUUCUAAAAAUAGAUUGUUGGUAUAUUAAAGACAGAAUUGUUAGCCACUUAUUAUAUUAAUAACUUUACAUUAUUAUAAUCAACACUAGUUAUGUCCUACGCGUUACGGAUUAU